AUGUCGUCUAUAUUUGUUGCAUUUUGUUUUAUUGAAAGUGUUACGCGAAAUGAAAAAGACAUAACCGGAAGUGCUCUCUAUAGAGAAGAUGGCGAUAAAGACAAUUUUAAAGAGAUUUUCUAUAGAGGAUAUAUCGAAAACCCUGAUAACUUGAUUCUUGAGUUCGGGAAAAACUCCAUG